UUUUCAUAUGUCAUGGGAGAGGCAUAAACCAAACAGUCUGAAUCGUAUAGUCAAACUAGAUUGUUGAAAGCCAGAAAAAAAAAUCCAGAUAGGAUUUAUAUAUUUUUAAAGCUUUCAAAAUAAUAAUAGUUUUUUAAUAAUUUGGUUGUAGAAUAUCUAAACUAGAGACCGCAAUUGAAUCAACUAGAAAGAUGUCUUCCUAUUUACAUAAGAAAAUGGGCCACACCAACGAGCCCGAAGGCGAUUUUGAGGGAUCAAUUGGUUUCCUCAACUGGAUUGCGCUGAAAUUUUACAUGGCCAAGGACUACAUCUAUCCAGCAAUUGAAUAUCAAAUCAACGUAUCGCCAAUGGUGUUAUUGCUGGAGAUGGGAGCAAUCAUUUUCACGGUGGUGUUUGUGUACACCAUUUAUAAACGCGUCAGACGACUCCGGUGCUCCAAAACCAUACAAACCCAGACGGAGGACGUGCCUACCGCUCAGGCGAACGACACCCCGAUGGAGGGUCAGGUCCCCAAGAACCAUACCGAGGAUGAGCCCAUGGCCGAGGAUAAGCCCAAGAUCGAGGGUGAGCCCAUUGCCGAGGAUGAGCCCAUGGCCGAGGAUGAGCCCAAGGUCGAGGAUGAGCCCAUGGUCAAGGAUGCACCCAUGGUCGAGGAUGCACCCAUGUCUAUUGAAGCCGAGGUCUAACAGUUGCGGCUAAAUUUCAAGUUAAUGUUUAAAGUUCAUAUUGCGAUACUCUCGUAUCUCCUGUCUGGUUCCCAAUUCGAGUCCCUCAAGUCGGUCGCCUCAUGGCGUGUCAGAAGAAGGUCAUAUGG